AUGAGGGGCGCCGACCUCAUCGGCACGCUGCCGGACGAGGUCCUCCAGCACGUCCUCUCCUUCCUUCCGUCGCGCGAUGCCGUCCACUCCUCCUUGCUCUCCCGGCGCUGGCGCGACAUCUGGAGAUCCGCCCCCGCCGUGCGCGUCAGCGGCAAGGGAGACGCCUUCCGCCUCUUCGUGGACAGCCUGCUUCUCCACCGGAACGACGCCUCGCAGCUGCGCUCCUUCGAGAUCGACGACUACGCCGCCACCACGUCACUCCUUGACGUCUACGAAGAUGAAGACGACGACGACGAAGAUGACGAAGAUGGCUACCUCCAGCUCCCCCGAAUGGAGAUCGAUCCCAGCGUCGACCGCUGGAUCGCGCACGCCCUGUCGACCUGCCGCGCCGCCUCCCUCACGGCGCGCUUCGACGAGGAAAUCGCCGUGCCGUGGCGGCCGCGGUCCCCCGACGCCUUCGCGUCCCAGCACCUGACCACGAUGCACCUCGAGCUUGUGGAGCUCGCCGACGGCCUCCUCGACUUCUCUCCCUGCCCGGCGCUGCUGACCCUCACCCUCAGCGGCUGCCGCCUCAACGGCGACGCCCUCGUGUCGCCCUCGCUGGAGCGCCUCAGCAUCAUCCACUGCGACAUCCCGAUCGGUCGGUACACCAACGGUGGGACGACGACGAUGAGGAUCUCUACGCCGAGCCUCCGUCAUCUGAAUAUAAUCGAUAGUUAUGACGAGGAACAGACAGCUCCAUCCCUCGACAGCAUGCCUCGGUUGACGACGGCCAGCAUCCGGCUUACCGGCGCCACCAAGUUGUACCCUGGCAAUGGCAGCUUGCUCCUACAUGGCUUGUCAGAGGCCACCACCUUGGAGCUUAUAGCUUCCACUCCGGACGGAAUGAACCAUGGACUCGAGAAGAAAGCAGAAGGUAGUUGUAUACCAUCGCCACAAUUACAUCCUACACUUGAAAGCCUGAAAACAGUGGAGAUCAAGAGUCGAUGUCCAUCUUCUGACACAAAGGAUCAAGAGAUUUUGAAGCUGUUCAGUGAGUGGGGCACAUGCCCGGUAAACAAGAAGAAACGUAUACCAAGUGCUUCUGUUGGGUUCAAUAGCUAA